CAUGCAGCCUGGUGACUCCUGGGGGGGGGGGAUGGCUCAGCCUGGUGCACAGGGAGCCAGGAGUCUCCUCCAAAUGCCCUUCCGGCUGCAAGGGGCCGUCCCAGGCUGCAGGUUGCUGCUUCCAGCCUGCUGCAACAGCAGCUACCUGGGCCCAGCUGAGCUGCUCCUCCUGGAGGAAGGAAGGUCAGCCACGCAGGGAGAAGGUCGCAGGUAAAAGCAGACCCUUUGGAGCCACAAGCAAGCUGGCUGCCUGGGUGCUGUUGGGGGGUGCUGGGGGGUUUAUCUCUGCAUCUCCUGGUGCAGGUGAUCUGAGGAUGCCCAGGGAACUCGUUCCUGGAGAGGGUUCCCUUUGCACUUUGUGCAGGUGGAAAUGUGCAAGGCAUCGCACAGUUACAGUGGCAUUGCAGCGGCUCAGAAAGGAUACCAUAGGGGUGGAGAAGGGUAACUGAAAUGGCCGAGGGGGGUGUUUGUGGAGUGACUCCCCUAGGAUGAAAGAUUGCAUGGUCUUUGGGACUUUUUAGAAAAGGUGAGUAAGAAGGCAACACAGCAGAAGUUGAUAAAAUUCUCCACGGCCUGGAGAAAGCAGAUAGAGGUAAGUUUUCCCUCUCCUAAAAGAAGAACUUGUGGGUUUUCGAUGAAGAUUCCGGACAGAUAAAAGACUUUUUCACACAGUGCAGAGUCAAACUACGGAACUCACAUGUGAAAAGGAUCUCAGGGUCGUGGUGGCCCACAAGCUGAACAUGAGUCCACGGUGUGGCACAGCAGCAAAAAAGGCUCUUCUGGGCUGCAUCAACAGAAGUCUAGCGUCCAGAUCAAGGGGAGUCAUAUAUCUAUAUAUCUAUAUAUUGCAGCCACGUGAAAAUGCAAUUGAUGUGCACAGCAAAUGCUUUUUAGUGAGUUCUGUUGGACAUGCUCCCAGAGACACACACUCAGAAGCGUCUGUGCCCGAAGGCACGGGAGGGCUACCCUGUGGCCCUCCAAAAGCUCUUGGAGCCCGACUCCCAUCAACAUCUGGCCUAGUGGUCAGAGACGCAAAGUUCGACAGGGGGUGACUUUGGGCCAGUCGCCCACGCCCAUUCUCAGCCUGGCCUGCCUCGCGGUGUUGCUGUGAGGAUAAAAGGGGGAGACCCACGUACGACACCUUGAGCUCCUCGGAGGAAAGGUUGCAUACAAAUGUCAGAAAAGUAGAAUAAAUCGAUCAGCUCUGCAUGCGCAGCCAAUAACCUGCGGGGAACCUCGCGUCCCCCACCGCCCAACAUACAGGCUGGGGAGUCUUCAUGCCUAGGGGCGAGGGCGCUUCUGCAGCCGGCAAGGAAGGGAACUGGAGCGGCUCUUGUGCGAAGGGGGGCAGGUCUCCCCAGCUGAUGAUCGGAGGGGCCGGACAAGGCAGCAUCCUGAGUGCCCCCAGCCCACCCCGUCGCCCUGUGGCGCAGCAGAGCCUUGGAGUGGUGGGGGCGCCGUCCGCUCCCUCCUUCCAAGUAGGGCAGCCGCAGCCGCGCCAGUGUCAAGUUACGGGCGCGCAGGGAGCCCCGCCAGAGAACCAGCCAGCCGGCCAGCCGUCCCGUCCCGUCCCGUCUCCCGGGGAAGGGCUGCAGCGGAGCCGUCGCCCGACGGGGACCCCCGCCCCGCCUCGCCUCCCUGUUCCCGAGCAGGUACCAGCGCCUACCGUCCGACUGGCAGGGGUGGGGGCUCUGGAGCCUUGCCCGUUUUUUGCAGGAUCGGGGCGGGGGUGGGGGGUGGAGACCGGAUCCUGACCUCUCCGACGGCGCGGCGCAAAGCUGCGCUCUGGACGCGGGGAGGGGCGCUGCGCCGGGCCUCUCCCAGAGGAAAAACACCGGCGUCUCUGAGUGCGUGCAGAGUGCUUUUCCGUCGCAACACCCAUAGCAGCGAGGGGUGGACUGCGGCGAUGGGUUUUGCUGACACCCCGGAGGGAUCACCCAGACGCAAUGAUAUUUCAACGCGUGCCGCCCUUUUCCUUCUCCGCGGGGCAGACGCUGGACACGGAUCCUUCUAGCAAAGGCGUGGGGAAAAGACAGACCCCCUCCCCAGAAAAUCCCACAAGCCCCCUCCCCACCCCGGCCAAUUUCAGGGGAAUUACAGCGACUCCUGUGGGGAACCCCAGGGGUCAUCCAAUCCAACCCCCUGCGAUGCAGGAAUCUCAGCCACUAAGUAGCCACUAAGUGUGGUGUCAGGAUAGGCAAGGAGGUGCUGGUGCCCCCUCUUGAUUUGAAUAUUGGGGGCCUACUGAAGUCCACAGGAGCAGCUGGUGCCCCCCCCCCAUUUCUUGCCCAGUGAUGCCCCCUGGCCUGUGGUAGUUCCAGAGAGGGAAGCUGCCUUUGAGUCUCAGGUGCUGAGCAUCGCACGUGGGCAGAGAAGGGCUUCUUCACUUCGAAGGGGGGGGUUGCAUCUGGUUAAGAGCUUUAGAAGUGCCUGCAGGAUCAGGCCCAUGACGCCAUCCAGUCCUGUGUCUCCCCUCCUCUGGUUUCAAACCAGAGAAGCGCUGUUGCCUCCAGCCAUGGCUAGUAGCCAUCCUUAGCCCUCUCCUCCUCCAGAAAUUUGUCCAGUUCUCAUAUUUAUGGGACGGUCUCUCCUGGUCUGCACCGCAGACUUAAGGUCCAUGAAUAAUCACAGUUUAGAGGUCCUGGGCCCUAAGAAAGUCAGACUAUCCUCCACCAGGGCCAGGGCCUUCUCAGUGGUGGCUCCAACCUGGUGGAAUGCUCUCUCCCAUGAGACCAGGGCCCUGCAGGAUUUAACCUCCUUCCGCUGGGCCUGUAAGACAGAGCUAUUCCACCUGGCUUUCAGUUUGAACUUAGCCUGAUCUCUUAUUCCCCUUCCUUCCUUCCCUCCCCCUCCCCUUUUUUAUGAAGAUUACCCGCUCUGGGAUCCCACAGCUGAUUCUCCCCUGGUCUCCUUGCUGGCCCAAAGAGGACUAAUUUAGCCAGCUAGCCCUGGGGAUCAUCUAAUGUUUACUGGAUGCAUUUCCCCCCUAAAUUGAUUUUGAAUUCUGAAUUUAUUGUUAUUCACAUUUUAUACUGUAUUUUAUGCUGUUUUUUGUUGCAUCAGUUAAGUGUUUUGAAUUUGUUGUUAGCCGCCCUGAGCCCGGUUUUCUGAACUGGGAAGGGAGGGGUAUAAAUAUAAAUUUAUUAUUAUUAUUAUUAUUAUUAUUAUUAUUAUUAUUAAAGCUGCCGUGGCCAUCACGGCCUCCUGUGGCAGGGAGUUCCAUCAGUUAACUUUGUGCUGCGUGAUGAAGUCCUUUUGUCUGUCCCAAAUCAUCCAUCUGUGUGAGAUCAGGAGGCUGGGCAGCCAGGUGGUCCUGCAGCUUCAGUGGGACAUGGGGGGAAUUGGGGGGGGGCGUCUGGCCAGGCCUUCUGUGCUCAGGGGCAGAGACACCCCAGGAGCAAAGCGACUGCAGAUGCUAGUCCUUGGGGGUCUGUCACUCGCUGCUCUUAAAGGUAAAGGGACCCCUGACCAUUAGAUCCAGUUGUGGCCGACUCUGGGGUUGCGGCGCUCAUCUCGCUUUACUGGCCAAGGGAGCCGGCGUACAGCUUCCGGGUCAUGUGGCCGUUUACCUUCCUGCCAGAGCGGUACCUAUUUAUCUACUUGCACUUUGACGUGCUUUUGAACUGCUAGGUUGGCAGGAGCAGGGACUGAACAACGGGAGCUCAGCCCGUCGCGGGGAUUCGAACCACUGACCUUCUGAUCGACAAGCCCUAGGCCCUGUGGUUUAAUCCACAGCGCCACCCGCGUCUUAUCCCCCUUUUAAACAAACGCAGGACUUGCCACCUGAGAAGGAGCAGCCAAGGCAGCAGUUCACCCCCCUCCAGGCCCCCCCCACUCAAAACAAACCCAGUAAGAAUGAUAAGAAAAAACCAAGAUGAUAAGGGAUUCCUGCUUUGCCUUUAUUGGUAAAGUACAUCGUUUGAUACUUUGUUGAGUCAUCAGUGGAUUGGAUUGCUGUUGGGGAGGGUUGUCUGAGGGGCAGGCUCCACAUUCCCAAAGGACCUUAGAAUUUUAGAGCGGGAGGGGACCUCUGAGGGUCAUCUAGUCCAACCCCCUGCAAUGCCUUUUGCAUCACUUUGUAAAGGCGCAGGGUGCUACUGCAUGCUUCUGAACUGCACUGGUGGUACCUGAAUAUACAGACCAGUGGAACCAGAAGGCAUUUCUUUUGUGGUCAGAGGCACAUUUGUCAUAGUCCAAUGCUGUAUUCAUAUUUCUGUUUACCUGCCGCUUACUGCAAAGGUAUCUCAGAGCGACUUAUAAUGUUGUCUUUCAUAGAACAGGUCAGAGUCGGUGGAGCCUGAGACUUUCAAUCUCAGGGUCAUGGGUUCGAGUUUGAGAUUCCUGCAUGGGGGUUGACCCUUGUUGGUCCCUUCCAUCUCUGUAUAUAGAUUUUGGUGGCAAAUUUCAUUGUGUAUGCAAGCGACCAGAAUUAGAUGGUGAGUAAGUAAAACAUUCAUGAUGGAAGUUUAGGGAAGCUUUUAAUGUUUAACAGACCAUUGUAUGUUAAUAUUUUGUUGGAAGCCGCCCAGAGUGGCUGGGGAAACCCAGCCACAUGGGCGGGGUAUAAAUAAUAAAUUAUUAUUAUUAUUAUUACUUAUUAUUAUCACUAUGAUUCUACGAGUAUGCCUUCAGGCUAUCAAAUCAUUUUUAAAUAACAAAGGAAGCGUCCGCGUUGCACAGAGCUGCUCUUUGCAUUUAGGGAGCCGUAACAAAGAUAAUGUUGUUUGGCCAGUUUGCUGUCUUUUCGGAACAAAGUUUGGAGGGAGACUGGGUUAGGCACCACUUUCAGAAUGCAACGGGCAUUCGGUGGAGAAGCCACACCGAACGCCUCCUCCGUUGGCAGGAUUGCUCACUGUCGAAAGAAAUGCACUUUGCACGUGCUCAGGAGAAGAACUCCCUUUCUCUCAUGGCUCCUGGAGCUGAUCCUUUUCUCAUUUGACAGCAGCCUUCUGGGAGUGACGCACCGGAGGGAGCCUGUGGCUCAUGUGCGCCUGACGCCCAGGGCAGAGGCUGAGACUUCCCUUCUUGGCCCCAGGCCAGCCCCACGUGAUGGAAACAGCCUCCCUGAGCCAAGGCUGAGCUCUGUUCCCAGCAGGAGAUAUAAACAGCGAGUCCUGAGUGGCAGGAGCCGGUCAGAGAAGGUGGCUGGAAGGGGGGGGCUCCUGGCUCUGGACUCCCCUUCUUCUUCCCUUGCAUUGCUGCUCCCAACAAGGGCUGGCAGAGAGGGAGGACGAAAAUCCCCUCUCCCACCCAGUUGUACGUAUUUGAAGGGUAUAGGAGGCCUGUUAAUGUACAGAACUCACUCCCCCAGGAGGCAGUGGUGAUGGUCAGCAGCCGGGGAUGGGCUCUCACAGGUGUUCCCUGUCCCUGCAUUAAAGGUAAAGGUAAAGGGACCGUAAGGUCCAGUCGUGGACGACUCUGGGGUUGUGGCGCUCAUCUCACUUUACUGGCCGAGGGAGCCGGCGUUUGUCCACAGACAGUUUUUCCGGGUCAUGUGGCCAGCAGGACUAAGCUGCUUCUGGUGAACCAGAGCAGCACACGGAAACGCCGUUUAUCUUCCCACCGGAGUGGUACCUAUUUAUCUACUUGCACUUUGACGUGCUUUUGAACUGCUAAGUUGGCAGGAGCAGGGACCGAGCAAUGGGAGCUCACCCCGUCGCAGGGAUUCGAACCACCGACCUUCCGACAAAGGGACUGAUUUGGCAAGCUUGCUCUUAUACAUUUUCAUUUUCUUCUUCUUCUUCUUCUUCUUCUUCUUCUUCUUCUUCUUCUUCUUCUUUCUUCGGCAAUCACUUGUAGCCAAGUAAGGUUGUCUUCCAUAAACACGGUUUUAACAGUGAGUCCACAAGUGGCUGUGGAGGCCAGUUCCGGAUCCACACGUCCUUCCACAGUAGGGACGUUGGUUUCUGGACAGGAGCGGAUCACAAUGAGGGUUUGCCAAGCAUGCCUUCCUCUUGCACGUUUCUCCCUUGUGUCCUGAGUUCGAGUGUCUUCAAAGCCCAUGACACCUUUGGUAAAGGCUGUUCUCCAACUGGAGCACUCGCAGGCCAGUAUUUCCCAGAUGUCUGUGUUCCUACUACAUUUUUAAAGAUUUGCCUUGAGAGAGUCUUUCUACCCGCACAGAUACAGGGUCCCAAGAAUGGGGAGGGACUCAAGACAACAUCUUGUCUGGCCUCCCAAACCUGCAACAAUAUUUCAGAUCGAUAGCCAUUAUGGUGAACACAACAGCAGGGCAUGUAACCUGGUCAUUUCCUGGGCAGGCAAAGGAGAGCCACUGUUUAGAAAGUCCUCCCCCUUUGCCUUUUUCCUUUCUUUCCUCAGCGGAGACGAGCUCUCUGCUUUACACAGCAGCACAGCCAGGCAGAUGCGUUGGCACAGCAUUGGAAAGGAAGGGAACAUCAGUGCGCCUCUCACUGGAAACCGAACGCAUGGUCUAUCGCUGCAUCAGAAAAAAAUAACAAAGUGAUUGCAUGCGUUGAAGAAUACAAGUGGUGUAGACGAUUUUGUUGAAAUAUGGCAUCCUUUUAUAAAAUACCGUAUUUUUUGCUGCAUAAGAUGAACUUUUUUCUUCCUAAAAAGUUAGGGGAAAUGUCUGUGCAUCUUAUGAAGUGAAUGCAUGGUCCCUGGAGCUGAAUUGCCCAGGGGCGAAAAGCAGAUCAUGCUUCUUCUUCUUUUUUUUGAAAGAGGGAAGUGGGUGUUGAAACAAAGCCACUGAUCGGCAAGCGAUCGGGAGGGAGAUAAGGGGCACGAUAAAGGAGGCUGCCUGGGAGGGGAAGGUAAAAGCCCAUGGAUCCUCAGAAUUUUUGCAUUAGGUCACCCCAAAUUCACCAUCAGAUCACAUAGCAUGUCCUGCACCAAAAAAAUCUGGCAUCCACUGUUUCGUGGGGCCGCAAUGGCGCAAAAACGUGGUUACAAAGCACGGAUCCACAUGGAUUCUCCAAACUCACCGUUAAAUCACAUGUCUGUGGCCACAGCAUGAACCACCAAAAUCAUACAUCCACUGUUUCGUUCAGAAUUUUUUUUCCUUGUUUUCCUCCUCUAAAAACUAGGUGCAUCUUAUGGUCAGGUGCGUCUUAUGGAGAGGAAAAUACGGGAAUGGCGACAACCAAAAUCACAGAUCAGAUUUUGGUAAACUUAACUAGAUUGAUCUGUCCUGGAGGGGGGAGGGGGCGAGUUAGGAUUUUGCAUUCUUUUUUCUCUCUUUUGUUAUAUAUUGGAAAUCAAUUUUAAAAACAACAACGUGGGGGUGCAGUGAAGGGAGAAGCUGUUGUAAACAAAAAUCUGCCCUUUUCCCCUUAUGGGGUACCCAAGAGCCCAUAUAGAGUCCUUAUGUAGGUUCCCUAUUAGUAGGAGAAAAUAACAGAGGCCAACCAGAAAAUAUUGAGAAGCAAAGCAGCUAGUAAACCUGAUCUUUAUUGAUCUGUUGCAACAGGGUCCUCACUCACCACACGCAGGAGGGAGGAGGAACCCAGAACAAUGGCGCACAAGGCCUUAUAUAGACGUUUUAAAUUCCCUGUCCUGGAGCUCAAGACCACCCCUCCAUACAUCAUACCCACAUCACAGAAAGGGCGGUCUACAACAGAAAUCUGAGUGGUUUGUUUACCUCCUGUCUGCCAGGUUACCUGUUUAAUGGUCACUUGAUUGGAUUGCCUGGGGAGUCUGGUCAGUCUUUUGUCAUGACAAAUACUUAUUUCCUGAGCCAGGUCACAGCCUCACACACUAUUCAUAUCUUAAAUGUGCCCUUAAGACAGGAUUUGUGAAGGAAAAAGACAAUGGGGAGGUUUCCCACUUUGACCUUGCAGAGAAAUAAUUGAGGUCAAUGUGUUCAGGCCUUUUUUUCUGCGGGGUUUUCAGACAUGUGGUUUAUCUAUUUAUGUACAUGUUUGCUUGGUACAUUUAUUACAUAGCUAAGACCUUAAAAUUCUUAUCACAAAGUUCCCCCUGGUGACUUUCUGCCUGCUCCUUGGCUGCUAGAGGCAUCGCAUUUCUUGCUAUGAAGAUGAUGCCCACAGUAGACCUGUUUCUUUAAAUGGAGCAGGGAGGAAGGUGCUUUGUCUGGGGAUUCCAUGGCAGUUGGGGGCUCAGAAGAAAGAGGCUUCCCCCUGUCCUGAGAAGACAUCCACCGGUGAGCAGCUACCUUUGACCUGCAUCUUGCAGGGGGAAGUGUGAAGCCCCUUCCUCUUGGAUCCCGCACUCGCACCCCCGGCACUCCAAAAUACCUUGCUUCUGCAGAAACCCCUUGGCUUGCCUUUGGUGCCGUGCAGUGCAAGAGGGGAGGAUUUCCAUCGCCAACUUUGCUGUUUUCUUCCCUCCCUUCUGGCAGGGCUGCUGUGCCUUUGACAGCUCCAUGACGGGCAGGAAUUCAUCAGGACGGGCUUUCCCCAGCAUGGAGAUGCGAUGAAGGAGGAAGCUAGACCUUCCGCUCUGACCCCGGCUCGCUUCAGCCUCUCUCCUGGGAGCUAUUUUGGGUGGUACUUUCCGAGCAGAUGCAAGCGCGCCAAACUCCUUGCUGUUUCUUAAAUGGGUGCUAUCCCCUUCCUUAAAAUAAAAUAGGAAGAAGGGCAAUUUUAAAGGGCCCAGCGGGGCAAGGAGACCUCAGGAACCGCCUCUUGGCCUACAGAUCUGCCCCCACACUGAGGUGUAAAGCAGGGGGCCCUGCACUGUGUACCUUGCCAUAGGAAGCCCAGGGGACAGACUCAUUUGCAGGGCCUUUUCUGUAGUGGCACCGUGGCUUUGCAGUGGCAGGCAGCUAAAGUGUGUUUCUUUCAAUGGGCUUUGGGGGAUGCACAUCUGAGACUGAUAUACGGAGCUAUGGUUUUUAGUGGUUACGUCGCUACGUUGUCCUGUUCUGAUUUUCAGUGCUUUUUUCUGGGGAGACGCAGGGGUACGCAUACCCCUAAACAUUUUGUGAAUCUAAGUUUGGCCUCAUUGAGGGGCAUUGUUUCAAAAUGAGCAGGAAAAUGAGAGUACCCCCUAAACAUUUUUUUUUUAAGAAAAAAAGGACUGCCGCUUUUGAUUGCAUCGUUUAUUUCUUGUGUUGUGAAGUGUUUUGAAAUAAACACUGGGCCAUGCCCCCUGUCUUCAGGCAACACCCCUCACUGACCCUCCACUUCAUCAUCAUCAUCAUCAUCAUCAUCAUCAUCAUAAAUUUUAUUUAUACCCCGCCCUCCUCGGCCAAAGCUGGGCUCAGGGUGGCUAACACCAGUAAAAUUACAAUGGAAACAUAAUAGGGGGAGGGGGACAGAAACAAAAAACCCAAUUUAAAAUACAGGCUAAAAUGCAAUUUAAAAAGCAGCCUCGUUUUAAAAGUAGCCCAUAAAUAAAUCAUACCCCUCCUUGAUUAUUUUUGCCUGGCAGGGGACUCUUAUCCUGGAAGUCUGAUCUACCUCUUGCUUGCCAUUCUCAGGGGAGUGUGUGUGUGUGUGUGUGUGUGUGUGUGUGUGUGCUGGGGAGCAAGCCCACUUUACCUGGGUGCAAUUUGCAUUUUUUGCUCUGCCCACCUUGGCCCAUGGCCCCGCCCACCACUGCCAUGCAUCCCAGAAAGUUGCCCAGACCCUUGGAGGGGGGGGUGUCUCAUAACUCCGUACCCUCCAACAUUUCUCCAAUGAAAAUAGGGACAUCCUAAGGAAACAGAGCCUAGGACUUGCCAAUCAGAAGGUCAGCGGUCCGAAUCCCCACGACAGGGUGAGCUCCCCUUGCUCGGUCCCUGCUCCUGCCAACCUAGCAGUUCGAAAGCACGUCAAAGUGCAAGUAGAUAAAUACCAUAGGUACCGCUCCGGCGGGAAGGUAAACGGCGUUUCCGUGCACAGCUCUGGUUUGCCAGAAGCGGCUUAGUCAUGCUGGCCACAUGACCUGGAAGCUGUACGCCGGCUCCCUCGGCCAAUAAAGUGAGAUGAGCACUGCAACCCCAGAGUCGGCCACGACUGGACCUAAUGGUCAGGGGUCCCUUUACCUUUUAUGUAAAAGCAGGAGGGCUUCUGUAAAUCUGGGAAAACAGGGUCACUUGGAGGGUCUGCGUUGUGGGGCAUAUAUGCUUUUAUUCCUAUUUCAGGGUCAGUCUUUUACAAGAACGCUCUGGGUUUUCUGGGGACGGUGGUUUUGUCUGCUUGUGGGUGCUGUUCUCAACCCCCUCCUCCCCACCCCACCCCUACGUCCAGGUGACAGCGGAGCCUUCAAGAUGGCGGAAGCCCACCAGGCCGUGGCGUUCCAGUUCACGGUCACCCCGGAAGGGGUGGAUUUCCAGCUGAGCCGAGAAGCCCUCAAGCAGAUCUACCUGUCCGGCCUCUCCUCCUGGAAGAAGCGUUUUGCCCGCAUCAAGGUGAGCAGGAUUUGAGUUCGAGUGGAACAACGCGGAAUCCUAGAAUUGACCCGGGGCUGCCCCAGCUGCUCUGUUUCCUUCCAAUGCAUUGCAGGGUCUAGAGGACCUCUAGGGUCCCUUCCAACUCUACAAUUUCCUCCAGAGCUUCAGAGCCCCGUUCCGUGUACCUUGGGUUUUAUUUCACCUGUGCUAGCCCACAGUGCCAUAUCUGAUAAUCCCCUCCAGUGCAUGGCCUUCACAGAGGCCAAAAAAUAUUGUCCGGCCCCCCACAAGGUCUGAGAGACAGUGGACCGGCCCCCUGCUGAAAAAGUUUGCUGACCCCUGGUAUAGGACAGUAUGCAGAUUCAAUCAAUCAAUCAAAGAUGGAUCCCCCCUCUUCCUCCUUCCUCUUCCCCGGAAUCCCUGCUUCAAACCUCCCUUUUCCUGCCCCCUUGGACCUACACCCCAUCACCCCCCAGGCCAAAGGAUUCCUCUCCUCAAUGGCCCAUCUCCCCCCCCCUUAAUGGCGCUUGAUUGUCCAGAUUGGAUUCCAUAAGCCAGCCUGGGAAUUAUCUGAAUUUCUUUCUCUGGCCCUUUUCUGCACUUUAAUCCAUAUCCUAGUUAAUCAAAACCUUGGGCGUUUAUUGAUUUCUAGGGUUUACCCGGAUCUAUAACAGUAUGUCAGGUCCACAGGUGGACCCCCCCUGCAACGAAAACAGCCCUUGCUUGCUCUGAGUUCGGGAUGCCGGUUGUAGAGCUUUGGCAAACCUUGAUCUGUUAGGAGAAGGUGCUUCCUGGGCUGUAGAAGCUCCCAAAUCCUUGCUUAAAUGAAUGCCGGGGGGGGGGGGGAAUGGGGACACCCAGGGUCAUCUAGUCCAACCCCCCAUAAUGCAGAUGGGGUUGACCCCUUGGGUUCCUUGUGCUUCCUCACCUCUGGCCUCCCUUCUGCAGGUUGCUCAGUUUUAUUUUUGUUGUCAUUCAUUGUACGUAAUAUAUUUAAUUUCAUCAUCAGCUGACGAAGAUCCAUCUUCGAAACAGUUGAUCCAAUCCGCUUUUACUGUUCUGUUUGUUUGCUGAUUGAUAUUGGAUUUGUUACAUUGGAGCAUCCAAUACAAUACUUCUUGGACGUGGAAAGGCAUCCUGCCUGCAUCGUGGUGUUCCUCGCUAGUAACUCAUUACGUUGACUACUCUUUGGUUAUGGGCUGACAUAUACCGUAUUUUUCGCUCUAUAAGAUGCACUUUCCCCUCCUAAAAAGUAAGGGGAAAUGUGUGUGCGUCUUAGGGAGCGAAUGCAGGCGCCAUGGUUUCAGCAAAAGCAACACGAAGCUUCCAGAGUGCUCCGGGAGCGCUCCUGCUGCGCUCCGGCGGCUUCGCGUUGCUUUCGCUGAAGCCAGGAGAGCAAGAGGGAUCGGUGCGCACUGAUCCCUCUUGCUCUCCUGGCUUUGCUUUGCUGGAGAGGCGCUGCACAGCUUUCCCUCUCUGCACAGCUCCCCUUCAGCGAAGCGGGAGGAGAAAUGGAAGGGACUCCACUUCUCCUGUUGCUUAGCUGAAGGGGCGCUGCGCAGAGAGGGAGAGGUGUUUUUUUCUUGUUCUCCCCCUCUAAAACUAGGUGUGUCUUAUGGUCGGGUGUGUCCUAUAGAGCGAAAAAUACGGUAUAUUAUUUGGAAAUUGUAAACUUUGGACGACCUUCUGCUACCAAUGGUAACACAUCUAUUACAUUCAUUAGCCAUGUGUUGCUGCUGUAUUUGAGCAGAUAUCUCUGUAUUGCAACGCAGGGGUUUGUUUUUGUCACUCCCUUCUGACACGGCUGCUUCCCACAGAACAGCAUCCUGACCGGCGUCUACCCGGGAACACCUUCCGGCUGGCUGGCAAUCUUUGCGACAACCCUGGGCUCCAGCUUAUUCCACGUUGACGUGUCCAUGGGGCUGAUCUUCAGGAUCCAAAGGCACCUGCCACGCAGGUGAGUGCCCACUGCAUCUCCUUCCCUCCCAAGUCUCCCCGAACCUCUCCAUCCCAGGCCUGCGCUCCCUCAUCUCCUGGGAUAUCAAAACAAGAGAGACGGGUGAUGUCUGAAGAAACAGAUCCUCUGGAGCAAGGACUUUUGCCUGUGCAACAGAAUAAUAAAAAUAAAAAUAAUUUAUUAUUUAUACCCUGUCCAUCUGGGUUUCCCCAGCCACUCUGGGUGGUUUCCAACCGAAUAUUAAAAACAAUACAGCGCCAGACAUUAUAAAGCUUCCCUAAACAGGGCUGCCUUCAGUUGUCUUUUAAAAGUAAAAUAGUUCUUUAUUGCCUUGACAUCUGCUGGGAGGGCGUUCCACAGGGUGGGUGCCACCACCGAGAAGGCCCUCUGUCUGGUUCCCUGUAACCUCACUUCUUGCAGGGAGGGAACCGCCAGAAGACCCUCAGAGCUGGACCUCAGUGUCCGGGCUGAAAGAUGGGGGUGGAGAUGCUCCUUCAGGUAUACAGGACCGAGGUAUACAGAACUCCCUCUCAUAAGCUAAACAAGCUAUAGCUUAGGGCCCCCCUCUCUUGGGGCCCCAAAAAAUUUUAAAGGAAAAAACACACACCUGGAUGUACAUUUCCAAAAUAUAAGAUAAAAAACCAAUAAAAUAAAAGCUACAUACAGCAACAGUGUUUUGUGUUGUGUAGGCUCCUAUGAUGUAAGUCAUGGGCCCCACCUGCUAGCCUACUCCCUAAAAUAUCACUGCUUUGCUCAUUUCUAUAUACAGUUGUACCUUGGUUCUCAAACUUAAUCCGUUCCAGAAGUCUGUUCCAAAGCCAAAGCAUUCCAAAACCAAGCUUAAUAAUUAUUUCACUAUUAAUAUACAGUGGACGUUCGGGUUGCGAACGUUAUCUGUGUGGGAGGCACGUUCGCAACCAACCAGAGGCCAGGGAUGAUGGGAAUUGUAGUCCCAAAACAGCUGGAGGGUGAAGUUUGGCUACCACUGCAAACCAAUUCAAGGCUGAAGAAGGCUUAGAAUCAGCUCCCUUAGAAAGCAGCCGCCAUGGUAAGAUGCCCUUGAAGAAACAACGUGGGGCUGGAUCUACACUGAUCUGUAAAAACGCUAUUAAAGGCUAUACAAAAAAAAAGUUACCUAGCUCUCAAUGCAAUUUCCCAUUGCCGACGGAUGGCUGCUCUGUAACGCCCUCUGGUGUCUCAUUGUUGUAGUGUAUUUUUAACGUUUUACCCGGCCAGUGUAGAUUUGUCCUUGGGCUGCAGGAGUGAAGGAGCCAGAGGGGCGAGUUUAAAGCGUUAGUAUCCUUUGCCAACCUGGUGCCCUCCAGCCAGUGGCGGAUUGUGCGCUCUUACAUUUCGGCAGCGCCCUGCGCGACUAUAAAAUUUGGCACCCCUCGCCUCUCGUGCUGCAUUCUGCAUCAUUGUUUAGGUGCCCCCUGUAGCACAGCAUCCAGUGCAGUCACAGCAAACCCUAAAACCGCCUCUGCUCCAGCUGUUUGGGGCCACACCUCCCAUCACGGCCUUCACGGCCUAGGACCCUCGUACCUACGGGACCGCCUCUCCCAGUCUGCCCCACGGAGGACCUUAAGGUCCAUAAAUAGUAACACCCUAGAGGUCCCGGGCCCAAAGGAAGUCAGAUUAGCCUCAACCAGAGGCAGGGCCUUUUCAGCACUGGCUCCGGCCGGGUGGAACGCUCUGUCUCAUGAGACCAGGGCCCUGCAGGAUCUGACUUCUUUCCGCAGGGCCUGUAAGACAGAGUUGUUCCACCUGGCCUUUGGCUUGGAAUCCACUUGAUCCCCUUCCCCUCUUUCCUCUUUCCUUUUUCCUUUCUCCUUCUGUGAUGGAACUCCUACUUGGGGACUUUUUUCUGGCCCACGUAGGACCAGUCUGGAUAGUUGGCCUUGGUGAAGAUUUGACGUUUUCAUUCCGAAAAGUUUUCGAUUUGAAUUUCUACUGAAAUGAGGCUGCAUUUUAAUGUUGUAUUUUAAUCUUGUUUUUAAGUUGUAUUUUAAUCGAUUGUUUUUAUACCUGGUGUUAGCCGCCCCGAGCCCGGUCUUGGCUGGGGAGGGCAGGGUAUAAAUAAAUUAUUAUUAUUAUUAUUAUUAUUAUUAUUAUUUGCAUGGUUGGAUGGUGCUGGAGCUGGUGGGAAUUGUAGUUUCGCGUGCCUAGAAGAGGAGGAGGACCCCCAGGAGGAAGGGGAUGCCACAGAGUCACCCAGGAGGAGUACAUCCCUGGGGCUGACACCACCCCCAUUAUUAACCCUCUCUUCCCCCCAGCUGCAAUUACUGCCUGAGUCCCCGGAGCAAACACCUCCUGGGCGUCGUCCUUUUCUCCACGGGUGCCUGGAUUUCGGGGAUCCUGCUCUGCCGACAGACCCUCAAGCUUCUCCUCUCCUACCACGGCUGGAUGUUCGAGCCGCACGGGAAGACCAGCCGCAGCACCAAGAUCUGGGCGGUGAGCGGCCAUCUCGGGGGGCUGGGGGGGGGGGGGUCGGAGAAUUAUUCCAUUGCACUAUUCCAAGGGCUCCUCCCUCGCUUUUUGUUCCUCAUGCACUUUAAACGGCAGAAUUAGUAUUUUUGUCCGAGCCGCACUUUUACUGUUUGCAUGUAGAUUUUUGGCGUGGCACCCUCCUUUUCUUUGUAAGCUUGUGGGAAGGCAGCAUAUUGAAAUACCUUAUUGUCACUUGUACAACUUGUAUAGGGACGCGGGUGGCGCUGUGGGUUAAACCACAGAGCCUAGGACUUGCCAAUCAGAAGGUUGGCGGUUCAAAUCCCCGCGACGGGGUGAGCUCCCGUUGUUCGGUCCCUGCUCCUGCCAACCUAGCAGUUCGAAAGCACGUCAAAGUGCAAGUAGAUAAAUAGGUACUGCUCCAGCGGGAAUGUAAACGGCGUUUCCAUGCGCUGCUCUGGUUCGCCAGAAGCGGCUUAGUCAUGCUGGCCACAUGACCCAGAAGCUGUAUGCCGGCUCCCUCGGCCAGUAAAGUGAGAUGAGCGCCACAACCCCAGAGUCAGCCACAACUGGACCUAAUGGUCAGGGGUCCCUUUACCUUUACCUUACAACUUGUAUACAGUGAGAUUACACGUAUAAGGUAAAGGUAAAAAGGUAAAGGACCCCUGGAUGGUUGAGUCCAGUCAAAGGUUGCGGAGCUCAUCUGGCUUUCAGGCCGAGGGGGGCGGCGUUUGUCCGCAGACGGCUUUCCAGGUCAUGUGGCCAGCAUGACUAAACUGCUUCUGGCGCAAUGGGAUACCGUGACGGAAAGCAGAGCGCAUGGAAAUGCCAUUUACCUUCCUGCCGGAGCGGUACCUAUUUAUCUACUUACGUCGCGGGGAUUCGAACCACCGACCUUCUGAUCGGCAAGCCCAAGAGGCUCAGUGGUUUAGACCUCAGCGCCACCCGACUGCUCCUAAAAUGACCAAGUAAAUUGUCCUCUGUGGGAAUGCGGAGCGUUGUGGCCCGCAGGGCUGACCGGUCAAAUCUGCCUCCCCUUCUCUUGGCAGGCCAUGGUGAAGGUGAUGUCCGGGUGCAACCCCAUGCUCUACAGCUUCCAGACCUCCCUGCCCAAGCUGCCCGUGCCCUGCGUGAAGGACACCAUCGAGAGGGUAAGAGGAACGGGCAAAGCACUGGGCACUCAAUGCCUCGGCGGGGAAUGGCAGCAGGGAAGAGGGACUGGGGGUCCGUUCCUCCAAGUCAAGACAGCUUGGGAGAGAGAGAUCUUGCUUCAGCCCUGAGGCAGCUCAGACCGGCAUCCUUGCUUUGCAGCCAGGCUCUGAUCUGAGCCGACCACCAGCACAUCUAGCCCAGAAUUGCCUGCGCUGACUGGCAGAAGCUCUCGUGGAGUUUGAGGCAGGGUUCUCUCCCUGCUAUACCUGAUGGUGCUGAGUACUGCAUGCAGGACCUUCUGCAUGCAAGGCAGAUAAUAAUAAUAAUAAUAAUAAUAAUAAUAAUAAUAAUAAUAUAUUAUUUAUACCCCGCCCACCUGGCUGAGUUUCCCCAGCCACUCUGGGCAGCUCCCAGUCAAGUGUUAAAAAGAAUACAGCAUUAAAUAUUAAAAACUUCCCUAAACAGGGCUGCUUUCAGAUGUCUUUUAAAGAUAAUUUAGCGGCUUAUUUCCUUCACAUCUGAAGGAUGUUCCAUAGGGUGGGCGCCAGUACUAAGAAGGCCCUCUGUCUGGUUCCCUGUAACUUGGCUUCUCACAGUGAGGGAACCGCCAGAAGGCCCUCGGAGCUGGACCUCAGUGUCCGGGCUGGAUGAUGGGGGUAUACUGGACUGAGGCCGUUUAGGGCUUUCAAGGUCAGCACCAACACUUUGAAUUGUGCUCGGAAACGUCCUGGGAGGCAAUGCAGGUCUUUCAGGACCGGUGUUAUGUGGUCUCAGCGGCCUCUCCCAGUCACCAGUCUAGCUGCUGCAUUCUGGAUUAGUUGUAGUUUCCGGGUCACCUUCAAAGGUAGCCCCACGUAGAGCGCAUUGCAGGAGUCCAAGCGGGAGAUAACUAGAGCAUGCACCACUCUGGAGAGACAGAUAUUCUUCUACUGAGCAUGUCCUUCCACCAUACGAACCACACCAUUGGUUCAUGCAGCCCAGUGCAGUCUGCACAGACUGGCAGCAUCCCUCCGGGAUCCCAGGCAGGGAGCCUUUCCCAGCCCUGUUUUUUAUUUGGUUGCUUGUUACACCUGUUCCAUUUAUCUGCCCCCUUUCCCUCGAGGUGGCCUGCAUCGUUCUCCUCCUCCCCAUUCCCUCCUCACGACAACCCUGUGAGGUAGGCCAGGCUGAGAGACGGCGACUUGGCCCUCAAGGUCACACCCAGGGAGCCUUGUGGCUGAGUGGGGAUUCGAACCCUGGUCUCUGCCGGACCAUAUUUUGACACUCUAACCGUCAUGCCACGCUGGAAGUCAUAGAUUCAUUGUAUUGGAAGGGACCCCGAGGGUCAUCUAGCCCAACCCCCUGCUUGCUUGGUGUGAGACUCGAAUCCACGACCCUGAGAUUAAGAGUCUCAUGCUCUCCCCAGUGACCUAUCCUCUUAGGAAUGGAACCGGGGACCUUCUUCAGGCAGAGGAGAUGCCAAGACCCUUUCUAAGCUCGGAUCCUGCGUCUCCUCUGUCUUGGGGCAAGGCGGCGGGGGUCCCAAGGGCGUAGGAUUCCGUCCAAUCCUCCCUUGCUUUCCUUCUCCUGCAGUACCUGGAAUCUGUCCGCCCCCUGCUGGACGCAGACAAGUAUGACGACAUGGAGGCCUUAGCCUUGGACUUCCAGCUGAACGUUGCCCCCCGCCUCCAGAAAUACCUCAUCCUCAAGUCCUGGUGGGCCACCAACUACGUGAGUCUGCUUGCCCCACCAUGGCGCACCCUCCGACCCAUGUCAACGGGGGUGAGGCGCUUGAGCAUCCCCCAGGGUGUGUCCACAUGCAUCCCUUCUGCCAGACCUCAGAGCGGCUCCUGCCUCCUCUUCUCCAUCCUGGGCAUCUACCCCAAAUUCUUACCUGGCGUCCCACCCACCCCUCCUGCGGCUCCCUGGACAAAAGCCUCCCAUAAGAGCCUGCUGGAUCAAGCCACUGGACGCCUGUAGGAAGCUGGGAAGCAGAACACGAGCGCAAGGGGUGUCUCCCCUGCCCAUACCCGGCUGGUGUGGCUGCCUCCGACUGUGGAGGGCAGAGCUUUGGCAUCCUGGCGAGGAGCCGCCGAAAGCCCUCUCCUCCUCCGUGAAUGUAUACAACCCUCUUUCAAAGCCGUCGCUUCCUCCCAUGGGAGUGAGUUCCAUACCUGAGCUUAUCCAAAUCUGGACCUUAGCACAGCAGGGACUUUGAAGUUAAAGAGCCCUCUCUGGGCUCAGAGAGAGAAGAUCACUUGUAACCUCUGCAAAUAGUGGGUGUAGCGGUGGAUAUUGGUUUUGGUCUAGUAAAGACAGCUCUGCCAAACCACUGUUCUCUGUGGUGAGCUUAAUUGCUUGACUGAGCUUCCGCAGCACAUACGCCCAACACCACCCCAACAUUUGUCUAAUCCUCUUUCAUAGCCACCUGGGUAGCCAUCACUGCCUCCUGUGGCAGUGAGUUCCAUAGUUUAACUGCAUGAAGAAGGACUUUCUUUUAUCCGUCCUGAAUCUUCCAAUGCUCAGCUCCACUGUAGGUCAUCAAAUACUAGUUUUAUGAGAAUUGGGGGGGGGGCUUUCCCCCUCCACUUUCUCUUUUUUUAUUUAUAAAUCAUUUUUAUUGAUUUUCCAAUGAAAAACACCCAAUUAAUAUAUCCAAUCAUAAUACUCCAAUUAAAAUUAAAAACUAAAAAAACACACACCAAAUUAUAGUCCAAAUUAUAAUUAUUAAUUUUUCGGAGCUCCCCACAGGCUGGAUCUCUGAAGCAUAUCUCCACAUCUCAGUCCUGCCUCCCCUUGUCGUUUCCAUAUUUUCCACAUCUCGAUUUUGACGCUUUAUUUCCCCAUCCACUUUCUCAAUGGCGUGCCUAAUUUUUUUAUAAACUUCUAUCAUGCCCCAAUCGCUAUCCUUUUCUCCAGACUGAAGUCCCGGGGGCAGAAGGGACUUUGGCAAGGGAGAAGAGGAUACCUUUAAAAGAGAAAUAGACAAAUUCAAGGCUUGUCAGGAUGCUCUGUUCUAGCUUCCGGGAUAAUGCUUUUGGAUGGAAAGCACGGGAGGGGAGAAUUGUGCUCAGAUCCUGCCUGUGGGUUUCCCCAUAUGGCCCCUUUGAGAAGAGGAUGCUGGCCCAGAUGGGCCCCCUUGGGCCUGAUCCUGUGGGGUCUUCCCGUGUUCCUAUGUAUUGCCGCUCCCUUCCUCUGCCCACCUGGCCGGGCUGUGACAGGUGUUGUUGUACUUCCGGCAGGUGAGCGACUGGUGGGAGGAGUACAUCUACCUCCGAGGAAGAAGCCCCAUCAUGGUGAACAGCAACUACUACGUCAUGGUGAGGGGGGGGGGCAUGUCUCGUGGGGGAGGAGUGCUCCUGGAGGUGGGGCAGGUCUCCGUCCCACCGGCCAGAAUCUGGCUACUGAGCGGGCAGAGCGCAGGAGGGCUCCAGCCCCGCCACACCCCGCUCCUUGCCCCUACUAUGGGCAGAUGUCCCAGUAAGGUAAAGGGACCCCUCACCGUUAGGUCCAGUUGUGGCCGACUCUGGGUUUGUGGCGCUCAUCUCGCUUUAUUGGCAGAGGGAGCCGGCGUACAGCUUCCGGGUCAUGUGGCCAGCAUGACUAAGCCGCUUCUGGUGAACCAGAGCAGCGGACGGAAACGCCGUUUACCUUCCUGCUGGAGUGGUACCUAUUUAUCUACUUGCACUUUGACGUGCUUUUGAACCUCCGACCCCACCCUCUUUCCUUGGGCAGGAUUUCCUGUAUGUGACGCCCACCCACAACCAGGCGGCCCGAGCAGCCAAUGCCGUGCACUCCAUCAUGCUGUACCGACGACGCCUGGAUCACGAGGACCUUCCACCCGUGAGUCAGGGCCAGGGAAGGGGGUUGGAGGUUGGGGUGGGGGGCUCCCGAAAGAAGGAUCCGGGAAUUUUUGUUGUUUAGUCGUUUAGUCGUGUCCCACUCUUCGUGACCCCCUGGACCAGAGCACGCCAGGCCCUCCUGUCUUCCACUGCCUCCCGCAGUUUGGUCAAACUCAUGCUGGUAGCUUCGAGAACACUGUCCCACCAUCUCGUCCUCUGUCGUCCCCUUCUCCUUGUGCCCUCCAUCUUUCCCAACGUCAGGGUCUUUUCCAGGGAGUCUUCUCUUCUCAUGAGGUGGCCAAAGUCUUGGGGCCUCAGCUUCACGAUUUGUCCUUCCAGUGAGCACUCAGGGCUGAUUUCCUUAAGAAUGGAGCGGUUUGAUCUUCUUGCAGUCCAUGGGACUCUCAAGAGUCUCCUCCAGCACCAUAAUUCAAAAGCAUCCAUUCUUCAGCGAUCAGCCUUCUUUAUAGUCCAGCUCUCUCACUUCCAUACAUCACUAUCUGGGAAUUUAGGUCAUCCUAUUUUUGCGAAUCCAAUGCGCUCCCCCAUUUUCAAAACCUUGAAACCCAAAAGGUAUUUGCUGGUGAAUGUCAGUGUGGCAUCAGAUCUAACACACUGUUCCGUUGAGAGUCCGUCAAGGCUGCAAACAACUGGACUGUUGUGGUGUCUGAUACUCUAACCCAUGGGUAGGCAAACUAAGGCUUGGGUGCCGGAUUCGGUCAAAUCCCCUCUAAAUCUGGCCCGCAGACGGUCCGGGAAUCAGCGUGUUUUUACAUGAGUAGAAUGUGUGCUUUUAUUUAAAAUGCAUCUCUGGAAUUCGUUCAUUUCCCCCCCGAAAUAUAGUCCAGCCCCCCACAAGGUCUGAGGGACAGGGGACCGGCCCCCUGCUGAAAAAGUUUGCUGACCCCUGCUCCAACCACUCCACUCCACUCCCUCUGCCUGCCUGCAAGACAUGCCCCUGAUUCACAGGCUCUCUGGACAGAAGACAGGCCAACUCUUGCCACGCUGGAGGGUCCUGCCUGAGGAUCCCAAGAGAAGUUAAAAUAAUUUUUAUGCCACGUCAUGACAUUUCUCAAGGUGGAAGUUCCCUCGUAUAUUUAUGCCCCCCCUUCUUUCCUCAAAGUUGCUCAAGGUGGGUUUCAUCGUUCUCCCCAUUUUAUACCGCAACAACCCUUUGAGGCAGGCGACGCUGAGAGGCCACGACCAACCGAUGAGUUUCAUGGCCAAGGGGGGGAUUUGAACCCUGGUCUCUCCCAGGUCCUAGCCCGUAGUUUUUAAUAUAUUUUUUAAAGAUGUGGUGCUAACUUUUGGCUUAUGUUAUUACCCUUAGCAAUCUCGUCAGCAGCCGGACCGAAAACUGAUUAACCCGAUAAGCAGCUAACGCUCCUUCUCCCUGCCCCCAGGUGAUGGCGCUGGGCUUGGUCCCCAUGUGCUCUUACCAGAUGGAGAGGAUGUUCAACACGACCCGCAUCCCUGGAGAAGAGGCAGGUGGGUGGCAUUUAGGCUGGCACGAAGCAGGUGGCACGGCGGAGUGGGGGCAGGGGCCCCCUGCCGGCUCAGCGGUGUGAUGCGCUGAAAUUCCUCAGGCGCGGUGCAGAAAGCAGCCUUUCUCUGCCUGGCCCUCGGGACUCUCUGCGGGAGUGCCAUCUUGGUCCCGCAACUGUGGGUGCCUGGGGAAGUGGGUGCCCAACCUUACUAUAUGCUUGUGAAACAUGGACCACUUAUAAACGCCAUCUCCAACUCCUUGAAAGAUUCCAUCAACGGUGUCUCUGAAAAAUUUUACACAUCACUUGGGAAGACAGGCGAACUAAUGCCAGUGUACUGGAAGAAGCAAAGAUCACCAGUGUUGAAGCAAUGAUUCUUCAACAUCAACUUCGCUGGACUGGUCAUGUUGUGCGGAUGCCUGAUGAUCGUCUUCCGAAGCAACUAGUCUAUGCCGAACUUAAAAAUGGAAAGCGUAAUGCUGGUGGUCAACAAAAGAGGUUUAAAGACUCUCUCAAGGCAAAUCUUUUAAAAAUGUAGUAUGAACACCGGCAACUGGGAAACACUGGCCUACGAGCGCCCCAGUUGGAGAACAGCCUUGACCAAAGGUGUCAUGAGCUUUGAAGACACUCGAACUCAGGACGCAAGGGAGAACUGUGCUAAGAGGAAGGCACGCUUGGCAAAUCCACACCGUGAUCAACUCCCGCCCAGAAACCAAUGUCCCCACUGUGGAAGGACGUCUGGAUCCAGAACUGGCCUCCACAGUCACUUACGGACUCAUUGUUAAAACCGUGGUUAUGGAAGGCAACCACACCAUAUUUUUCGCUCCAUAAGACACACCUGACCAUAAGAUGCACUUAGUUUUUAGAAGAGGAAAGGGGGAAAGCCCCAUUUUUUGAGGAUCAGCUCAAAGUUGUGCAGCUUCUUUUGCAAAGGGGGAAAAACCCCUUUUUUUGAGGAUCAGCUUAAAGUUGUUGAGCUUACUUUGCAAAGGGGAAAAAUCCUGUUUUUAUGGGGUUCAGCUCACAGUUCUGCAGCUUCUUUAGGCAAGGAAAGGGAGCCAUUUCUACAGUUUCCAGACAGAUAAUCUAAUCAGCCAGUCCCAUGGGGAAACAAACAGCCUUCAUCAGCAGAACAUUCAACAAUGGAGGCCUGGGCAAGGGGCCGGAAAGGGAGCCAGCGACCGACCACACAUUCGACCCAUAAGACGCACAGACAUUCCCCCUUACUUUUUAGGAGGAAAAAAGUGCGUCUUGUGGAGCGAAAAACACGGUGCUCGGCUAUGAGGGACCACCAAAGAAGAAGACGAAGAAGAAGACCACUGUACUUUAAAUUGUAAAACAGAAAAUUUAAUUUAAAAAUGAUAUGCAACGAAGGCCUGCUUUCAUCCUGGCUCUCUCUUGCCCCUAGACUACCUCCUGCACCUGUCGGAUAGCAGGCACCUGGCCGUCUUCCACAAAGGCCGCUUCUACAAGCUGUGGCUCUACCAGGCGGGGAAACUGCUCUCCCCCCGCGACCUGGAGAUGCAGUUCCAGCGCAUCCUGGACGACCCUUCGCCCCCCCAGCCCAACGAGGUGCGGCUGGCCGCUCUCACUGCCGGGGAACGGUAAGCGCUGCGGCCGGAGGAGGGGGGCAGGGGGGGCUCUCCAGGGUCAGGUCCCCCCACCCAGUUUAGCAGGGGAGGCCCCUCCCCUCCCCCAAAAGAAUUUUAUUUUUUUAUUUUUUCAUCUUAGGGGAUAAAUGUUUGCAUAUUUUUAAAGCUUUGGGUGUAGAUUUUCACAUUAGGGAAACCUCUAUAGGUCACCUGUCCUAAGACAAAGAUUUCAAAUUGAAAUAGCAAGAAUAUAAGGUUUUUAGGAACGCGCGUGAAAAAGCGUUAAAUAAUGAAACCGAGAUGGGGAGGGGAGGGACGUCAACCCCAACUGUGGUUUAAAAAAGUCUCCUGUAGAUGUUUUGUUUUGUUUGGAAAUUUAAUAAAUUGUUAUGUUAGGUUUGGGGAGGUGCGCUUGAGCCAAAUACACGUGGCUGAGGUCUCGGUUUGCAGAAGGCAUGCUCAGCUUUUUAACCAGUCAUCGCUAUGAAUCAUCCUUAUUAUUGCAUGCUCAUAAUUACUAAUCCCUUAAUAUUAAAGAAUUAAUUAUGCUGCCCUUUAGCUGAAGAUCACAGGGCAGUUUUCGACAGAGAAACACAAAAUGCAUAAGGUUAUUAUUUUUAAAAAGCAAUACCCCCUAUUAAUUCUGACCUAUGGAAUAAUAAUUAUUAUAUAACAUAUUUAAUAAAUAAAUAAAUAAAUAAAAUUACCAAUAUCAUUAAAUGAUAUGUUAUCUAUAACAUUAAUAAUAAGAUUUGUUAUUGCCAUUUUAACUUUCCGAAAGUUUUAAAUUGUCAUUAUUAGUUUUUCUUGUUUGUGUUGUUGUUUUUUUGCAUUAUGUUUCCUGAUGGAAGCCGCCCAUAGUGGCUGGGGAAGCCCAGCCAGAUGGGCAGGGUAUAAAUAAAUUAUUACUAUUAUUACUAUUAUAUUCCAGGGGUCCGUGGGCCGAAGCCCGGAAGAAAUACUUUGGCCGAGGGAAGAACAAGGCCUCCUUGGACUGCAUCGAGCGAGCCGCCUUCUUCCUGACCCUGGACGAGGACGAGCAAGGCUUCUCCCCAGACCAUGAGGACAGUCUGGACCUUUACUCCAAGAGCCUCCUGCACGGGAGAUGCUACGACAGGUAAGGAGUCUCUGUCUACUCACCUGCCCAGCUGGAACUCCCUUCCGAGCGCCACCGCUGUGGUCCUCACUAGGGCUGGGCGGAGUCUGAUUUUCAACAUCAAGAUAUAUCUUUUUAUUACUAUUAUUAUUUUCUCUAAAUUACCUUUACCUAUGUACAGUGGUACCUCGGGUUACAUACGCUUCAGGUUACAUAUGCUUCAGGUUACACACUCCACUAACCCAGAAAUAGUGCUUCAGGUUAAGAACUUUGCUUCAGGAUAAGAACAGAAAUCGUGCUCCGGCGGCACGGCAGCAGCAGGAGGCCCCAUUAGCUAAAGUGGUGCUUCAGGUUAAGAACAGUUUCAGGUUAAAUCCGGAACAAAUUAAAUACUUAACCCGAGGUACCACUGUACACACACACACACACACACAGAGAGAGAGAGAGAGAGAGAGAGAGAGAGAGAGAGAGAGUCAUACCUUGGGUUACAGAUGCUUCAGGUUGCGUUUUUUCGGGUUACAGACCCACAGAAACUCGGAAGUACCGGAACAGGUUACUUCCGAGUUACGGCGGUCGCGCAUGCGCAGAAGCACUAAAUCGCACUUUGUGCAUGCGCAGAAGCGCCGAAUUGCAACCCACGUGUGUGUAGAUGCAGCGCUGCGGGUUGCGAACGUCCCUCCCGUACGGAUCACGUUCGCAACCCGAGAGUCCACUGUAUAUAGCAAAACAGUUUACAUAAAACAGCACAAACGAAAGAAAAAGAACAGUAUGUCAGUAACAACUGCAGACACACUAACAACAAAGCUUCUAACUCCACACACACUUUUGACCUCCGAUUCACCUUACUGUGCUUUCUACAUAUUCUUCAGCAAUGUCUAGGCAACACGAUGACCAUAUACAUACACAAUAGACAAUCUUUAUAGAAUUCCUUCAAACCAUAACAAGUACAAAAUGAAAUCUUUAGGCUCAAAGUCUCUGAAAAUCUUUAAAUGAAGCAAGGUACCAGACUGUGUAGGAUGAAAGACAAGCUGUGAAGCUUUGUGUAUUCAGCAAAAAUGAUGUCCAACACGGAACAGUGAUUCCAGAUAUUGACUACUGUUUUGUAGUCAAUAUCAGUGAUAUUUUAGGGAGCAGGCUAGCAGGCGGGGCCCAUGACUUACAUCAUAGGAGCCUACACAAUACAGAACACUGUUGCUGUAUGUAGGUUUUAUUUUAUUGGUUUUUUAUCUUAUAUUUUGGAAAUGUACAUCCAGUUUUUUUCUCCUUUAAAUUUUUGGGGGGCUCCCAAGAGAGCAGGGCCCUAAGCUAUAGCUUGUUUAGCUUAUAUGUAAAUCUGGCACUGCUAGGAACGGACCAGCAUUCUUAAGCAACCUACCAGACCACUGGCUGCAGAGAGAUUCUGACUUCUUUUGCCAGCCAGCUCUUGAGAUUUGCAGGGGGGAACUGGAAACGCUGCUUGUCUUUUCAGCCACGGCCAGUUCUGGUGAUUCUCUGCCUGCAGGAGGCAGGAAGGAGUCUGGGCAGAUUUAGCAAGGGAGAAGCAUAGACUGCCCCCAGAUUUUCCAAUACCACACUUGAUUCAUGAUAAAUUGCCAGCUCUUUUUAAAACAACAACAACAGUUAUGAUUUUCUACAAAUAUCGGUUUAAAACAAUAUAGUGCAUAUGCCUAGUCCUCACUCCUGAUCCAUGAUUACUCGCUCUUGAAUUCCUUUGGGGUAGGGAUGUGCAGGCGUGGCUUGGCUCGCUUCCACGAGUCGCCUGGGGCAGCCGUUGGGCACCUGGUGUGACGCUUCUGCUCCCGGUUGAUUGCCCAGAGCCCAUAAAUGCCCCUCCCCUGACAAGCAGGGAAGAAAAGAGCUCUUUGGGCAGCCCAGCGCACACACCUGCCUGCCUGCUGCUCUGAGGGAUCUCACCUGUUCCAGGUGCCAGCUGCUCAGGGGAGCGGCAGGUGCUCCCACAACUGGCUGCUGUGUUUCUUUAUCUUCCUGGGCUUCCUCUGUGUUCCUAAGGCUAUCGCACCUCUGCCUUCUUAUAGUGCAGGGGCCAGCAACCUUUUUCGGCAGGGGGCCGGUCCACUGUCCCUCAGACCUUGUGGGGGGCUGGACUAUAUUUUGAGGGGGGAAAGAAUGAAUUCCUAUGCCCCACAAAUAACCCAGAGAUGCAUUUUAAAUAAAAGGACACAUUCUACUCAUCUAAAAACACGCUGAUUCCCAGACCGUCCGGGGGCCGGAUUGAGAAGGCGAUUGGGCCGCAUCCGGAGGGAUAUUUUAAUUAUUUGCAUCAUAUAUUUACACCUAUUAUUAUUUCACGUUAGGGCAAGUUUCUAGAGACUAGAUUAUGAGUCUUUGUAAAUUGUGUUUCUAAAGGAACGUUUGUUAUUGUCAAAUGCCAAUGUGUUUGCAUUAUUAAGUUUGUUAUGAAUAAAAAAAUCAUGUUAGAGCUUAAUAAUUAUUUCACUGUUAAUAGACUUCUUCUUAAUUGUAUUUCAGUUCAACAAUCACUUUGUUAAAAUACAUGUUUCGUUAUGUGCAAAUGGCUUGAGAUACCUAUGAGGUCCAUCAGUGACCAUAGAGCAUACAUUCAACAUAGAAAAAAACAGCUACAAUUUGUUGUUGAUGAAGGACAGCUGGAGAUAUCAAGGGCCCCAUUGCCUUCAGCGGCUGAGAGUCUCAUCCAGCCUCAAUCCGGCCCUGCUUGUGGCUGCCUGGCUUGCCCCAGCCUUGGCCCGUUCUAACUCAAGUCGUUGUUCUCACUGCAGGUGGUUUGACAAGUCCUUCACGCUGGUGGUAUAUCGCAACGGCAAGCUGGGAGCCAAUGCUGAACACUCGUGGGCCGACGCACCCAUCAUGGGGCACCUCUGGGAGGUGAGAGGCAGGCAGGGAGGAGUCCCUCCUUUUUUACUCCCCCAUGCGAACAACUGUGCGAGAGGGUUGCUGCGUUGCAGCGGGUUGGGCUGGAUGACCCUUGGGCGCCCCCUCCAACUGUGCAGUUCUGUGAUUCUAUAGCAGGCACCCCCAAACUCGGCUCUCCAGGUGUUUUCUAAUAAUAAUAAAUUUUAUUUAUUCCCCCCCCCUCCCUGGCCAGAGCCAGGCUCAGGGUGGCUAACACCAAUAAAAUCACAGUAAAAACAUAAUAGGGGGAAAGGGGGGGGGAGAGAAAAAAAUCCCAAUUUAAAAUACAGGUUAAAAUGCAAUUUAAAAUGCAGCCUCAAUCAAGACCAUAAGGGGAGGGAAACAUAAGGGACUAUGUUUUGGGACUACAACUCCCAUCAUCCCUAGCUAACAGGGCCAGUGGCCAGGGAUGAUAGGAAUUGUAGUCCCAAAACAUCUGGAGGACCAGGUUUGGGAGUGCCUGUUCUAUAGGAACUUCUCUACCCCCCCCCCCCCCGCCCAGCUCUCAUCCUUUCUGCCUUCCUCCCCAGUUCAUGCUGGCCACAGAUGAGUUCCAGCUGGGAUACUGCAGCAGCGGGCAUUGCCACGGGGUGCCCAACACAGACCUCCCCAUGCCACAGCGCUUGACGUGGGACAUUUCUGAGGAGGUAGGCUUUGCACUGUUGCAGGAAUUUAUGUAUAGGUUGGGGGGGGGUUGCCCCUCCAGCAGAUAUCAUGCACAUGCAGCCCACUACCAAAAACCAGCACAAUCACUUUUCUGACUUUUUUGAUUUGUCUCUACAAAACACUUCAUCCAUGUUUCUUCCUAUCUAUUCAAAGGGCCUUUGCUGCACAAUACCAAAUGUAAGAAUUCACUGAUAGAUGUCUCUAUGUACUGGCUCACUGGGAAAACUUCAGAAAUUCAUAUAGACAUGUGAGCUCAGCUACUCAGCAGCCCCUCUGCCUGAGGGAUAAUCCCUGGCAUCCUGAUACCUGAGUGCCAGACAGGUAGCCAUUCCAGAAAUAACAAACCCAGAUGAAGACAAAAGGGUGUGAUUAACUUGGCUGGGAAACAGGGAAAUGUAAAUGUCUCUUUUGUUACACUUGAUGGGUGUUUGGUGGAGGGCAAGGAGAACCAUGGGGCAGGGUCCAGGAUGCUCAGAUUACGGCCACCAGACCUCCCCUUUCAUGAUUAACCAUGAUGUAUUAGUGAUGUCGUUUGGGGGCUGUAACAUGGGGAUUAAAGGUAAAGGGUAAAGGGACCCCUGACCAUGAGGUCCAGUUGUGACCGACUCUGGGGUUGCGGCACUCAUCUCGCUUUCUUGGCCAAGGGAGCCGGCGUACAGCUUCCAGGUCAUGUGGCCAGCAUAACUAAACCGCUUCUGGCUAACCAGAGCAGCGCACGGAAACGCCGUUUACCUUCCCACCAGAGCGGUACCUAUUUAUCUACUUGCACUUUGACGUGCUUUGGAACUGCGAGGUGGGCAGGAGCAGGGACCGAGCAACGGGAGCUCACCCCGUCGCGGGGGUUUGAACCGCCAACCUUCUGAUCGGCAAGUCCUAGGCUCUGUGGUUUAACCCACAGCGCCACCUGCAUCCCUUAACAUGGGGAUUAGCAGCUAAUAAAAGUUUGGGCUCUCUUUUGUUCGGGGCUUCCAUUUUGUUCCACCUGGUGGCAGGUGGGAGUCCUGUCGCUACAGUCUUCAAUCAAGACCAAGCCUGCUGGCUAUUGUUUUGCUCUGCUGUUCCUGAUUGGUGUCCUUGUUUUUUGUCCAAGGGAGCCCUCAGAUUUCUCUGUUAACAGCACCCCCAUUUUUUGCCUCGGCGGAGUGCCAGACGCUGUGCGGAACAUCUGCAGGGCCACACGGCCCAUGCUGCUCUCUGGCUCCCGACCGAGGGGUGUUGCGCCCCCUCCUCACCCUCGAGAGCGUGGGGCAGGGUAGGGGGCUUCCCUCCAAGCUCUCACCCCCCCCGGCUUAUCCUUGCAGUGCAGCCAGGCCAUCGAGCUCUCGUACCGCGUGGCCAGGACCCUGGCGGACGACGUGGAUUUCCACUCCUUCCGCUUCACGGAGUUUGGCAAAGGUCGCAUCAAGAAGUGCCGGACCAGUCCAGACAGCUUCAUCCAGAUUGCCCUGCAGCUGGCGCAUUUCCGGGUAAGCGCCCCCUCAUCCCCCCUCCCCAAUGAACGGCGGUGGGUGGGAUCGGGGGCAAGGGCGUUCAGGAUGCGGCGCUCACCUUUGCACAACUGGCCGCGUGCAAAAGCAGGGGUUUCUUCACGGCUGCGGCGCACAAACCAGGUGGAUAAACAUGAAUUAUUUUUUAAAAUUUAAAUCGAAUUUUUUAAAAAAAUUAAUCGGAUUUUUGAAAUAAAAUGCUUUUGGAGGAAAAACCUUUCUAAAGGUUUUCUGUUGAAGUUACAUUAUAGUCCAAAGGCUCUUCAUCAGGAAGUAAGGAUUUGUUUUAAGUUUUUCAUGUGGGAUAAAACUCAGUCUAAGUUGUUGUUUUUAAUUGUUUAACCACAUCAGUUAACAAACAUGGAUACAUACGCUAUAAUGUUAUUGCUUUAGUUAAAUAAAUUGUUUAAAUUGUUAUUAAGGAAAUGAUUGUUUUUCUCCUUCCAAGUACAGCAGAAAAGUUGUCCAAAUAUAAACAGUUAACUUAUUAAACCUCACAAUAAUUAUCAGUCUAUGUAUUUCUAACAGUAUAACCAAAUCAGUAAUUUCUGAUAUAACUGUAAAAACUACUCUGAAAAUUUAUUAUUCCAAAAGUGAAACCUUUAUCUGGUUGUAAAUAUUAUGAUUAUACCAGCAAGAAUGAGUCUUUCUGCAAAAAAAAGAAGAAAAAAAAGAUUUAAAACAAGUCUUGCUGACUAAUGAUUUAAAUCAUGAUUUAAAUUGUGAUUUAAUCGAUUGAUUUAAAUCAAACCCUGGCACAAACUCUCUCUAUCCUCCCUGCAUCAUGGAUUAUUCAGCCAUGACACCUGGACUGCAUGGGGUCAGACUAGAUGGCCAUUGGAGAUCCCACCAAAGUCCACCAGUUUUGUUUGUUAAGCUAAAUAGCUUUGAUCUGGAAGAAAUGUGCAACUGAUUGCUACCGCGUUGAAUCUUAUUGUUGUUCUCCCUUAAGUGGGCUGUGCAAACUGCUAUUCUGAAUAAUGCUUUUUAUAGAGUCGUGUGAGGGAUGAGUUUAUGGAACGGAGGGGGAUGGUAUUCCCCCCCCCCCAAAAAAUGGGGGCGGGACCACUAGCUGGGCGCCGUUUCCUGAAGUGUCAGGGUGCACAAAGCCUUGAAAAGGGGCUUAGGAGAAGAUGGGGGUCUGGAUGUGUUCCUUGCAAAGUUGGGGGCGUGGGGGCCAGUGCCGCAUUUACGUAUAAGCUAAACAAGCUAUAGCUUAGGGCUCCUCUCUCUUGGGGCCCCCCAAAAAAUUAAAGGAAAAAACCCCUGGAUGUACAUUUCCAAAAUAUAAGAUACAAAACAUAUAAAAUAAAACCUACAUACAGCAACAGUGUUUGUGUGUUGUGUGAGCUCCUGUGAUGUAAGUCAUGGGCCUCGCCUGCUAGCCUGCUCCCUAAAAGAUAGCUGUCAACUUUUCCCUUAUCUUGUGAGGAAUCCUAUUCAGAAUGAGGUAAUUUCCCUUAAAAAAGGGGAAAUGUUGACAGCUAUGCCCUCAAAUAUCCCUGGUUUGCUCCUUUCUAUAUAGAGGGUGCCUGCAUUCUGCAUGGACUGGUUGCACGGAGACAUGUGCAAAUGGCUUGAGAUACCUAUUAGGUCCAUAUAUUACCAUAUAGCAUAUAUUCCACACAAAAAACAGUGACCAUUUGUUGUUGACAAAGGACAGCUGGACAUAUCAAGGGCCCCAUUACUUUCAGUAGCUGAGGACCUCAUCAAACCGAAAUCCGGCCCUGAUGGGGGCAGUCAGGUUUGGCUUCCUCUCCUGACCCCCAGCCCACGUCCUCACUGCCUCUUCUUCCAGGACAAGGGUCGCUUCUGCCUCACCUACGAGGCCUCCAUGACGCGGCUCUUCAGGGAAGGGAGGACGGAGACGGUUCGAUCCUGCACCAGUGAGUCCACAGCCUUCGUGCGCAGCAUGUCCAACGCAAAGUGCAGUGUGAGUUUCAUCGUUGCGAGGGUCUCCCUGUGCCCCCUUGGCCCUCAUCCUGACCCCUUCCCUCCUGCCUGUCAGAAGCCCUUUUGCGCUUUCUCUCCCUCCCACUCUCUCUCUGUUAUAUAUUGUUAUGCAGUGGUACCUUGGUUCUCAAACUUGAUCCGUUCCGGACGUCCGUUCCAAAAGCAAAGCGAUCCAAAAUCAAGGCAACACUAUUAAUUUAUUGUUGUUGUUGUUUAUUAUUAUUAUUAUUAUUAUUAUUAUUAUUAUUAUUACUAUUAUUGUGGGAUAUUUACAAUGCAGUCAAACCAACAGCCAUGUUUGCUAGGAAACAGCCAGGAAAAUACAGUCUGCCUAAAAGCAUCCUAAAUUACUAAAAGGCUAAAACUAGCCUAUCAAAGCUUCCCUUUUAAGCUGCAAAGGGAUGCACUGCUGAACUCACAGGCGUGAGGAAGGAAAUAUAAUAUCUAAUAAACAUCUCUGCUAUGCACAUCCCUACAAAUAAUAAGCGUGAAAAUAUAUCUGUGUGGUACUCCAGAAAAAAAUAAUGUUGAUGUCCCCCGUUCUGGUGUCGCGAGAGAGGGAGGAAAAUCCUUUUUCUUCCACCCACUUCCUCCAUAAUUUUCCGAUUCCCCCUUGCAGCCGGCCGAGUCCCUGCGACUGUUCAAGGUGGCAGCUGAGAAGCACCAGAACAUGUACCGGCUGGCCAUGACGGGGUCUGGCAUCGACAGGCACCUCUUCUGCCUCUACGUGGUCUCGCGCUACCUGGGGGUCGACUCGCCCUUCCUCGCCAAGGUGACGCAGCUGGGGGCUUUGGCCACCCUCCCCACCCACCUGGACUGGGCAGGUUGAGCCUCGAUGCGCAGCCAGGGGCUCCCUGCGAUUGGCGUCCCGCGACUCCUCGCACGUCCAGCGAAGGCUGCUGACCCAGGUGCUUUUGCAGGGGCGUGGGUGGGGGGUGGAACCACCACUCACUCUGUCCCCGCCCUGCCGCCCGUAGGUGCUGUCUGAGCCCUGGCGCCUCUCCACCAGCCAGACCCCCCAGCAGCAGAUCAAAAUGUUCGACAUGGAAGCCAAUCCGAACCACGUCUCCUCAGGAGGGGGCUUCGGCCCAGUGAGUAGGCGCUGUGUAAAAGACAGGGGGAGAAUGGGAAAAGGCUUUCUGGGGACCCCAGGGUGGGUGGAGGGGAGCGGGGGGCAAUGGAGGUAUUUAAAAGGAAGAGCCGACGUAGCUCAAACAUCUGCUUGGCAUGUAGAAGGUUCCAGGUUGACUCCUUGACAUUCCCAGGGAAACCUGGGUGUCCCAUUUCUGGGGGACAGGGGGCAGGCAGGUGUGGGGGAUUCCCUGGUCCUGAAUGGGGCCCCUGAAGGACCAGGUGUGCAGCCUGGGAGUCAUUCUGGACUCACAGCUGUCCAUGGAGGCGCAGGUCAGUUCUGUGUCCAGGACAGCUGUCUGCCAGCUCCUCUGGUACGCAGGCUGAGACCCUACCUGCCCGCAGACUGUCUGCCACAGUGGUGCAUGCUCUGGUUAUCUCCCACUUGGACUCCUGCCAUGCGCUCUACGUGGGCCUUUGAAGGUGACCCAGAAACUACAACUAAUCCAGAAUACGGCAGCUAGACUGGUGACUGGGAGUGGCCGCCGAGACCAUAUAACACCGGUCCUGAAAGAACUUCAUUGGCUCCCAGGACGUUUCCAAGCACAAUUCAAAGUGUGGGGCUGACCUUUCAAGCCCUAAACCCAGGGGUCAGCAACCAGUUUGACCAGCCCACAAGCCUCCCCCGAACCGAGCCUCCUGCUCAAGUGCUGCGCUAAACAGGAGCGGCGCGGGGACUUGCUUCCGCGGCACUGAAAACCAUGCAUGCACAGACACAGAAAAUCGUCUCCGGCCCAUGGGGGGAUCUCCGGGGGACCAAUCUGGCCCAGGCAAGAUAAAGUUUGCUGCCCCCUGCCCUAAAUGGCCUCAAAGGCCCAGUAUACCCGAAGGAGAGUCUCCACUCCCAUUGUUCAGCCUGGACACUGAGAUCCAGUGCUGAGAGCCUUCUGGCAGUUCCCUCACUGCGAAAAGUGAGGUUGCAGGGAACCAGGCAGAGGGCCUUCUCGGUGGUGGCGCCCUCCCACCAGAUCUCAAGGAAAUAAAGAACUAUCUGACUUUUAGAAGACACCUGAAGGCAGCCUUGUAUCAGGAGGUUUUCAAUGUGUGAUGUUUUAUUAUAUUUUUAUGCAUGUUGGAAGCAACCCAGUCAGAUGGGUGGGGUACAAAUAAUAAAUUUGUUGUUGUUGUUGAUAGACCCCAGGAAGCUGGCAUUGAAAUGCAGGCGGACUCUGACACCUGCAGGUGCCACUAGCCCCUACUGCCCCCCUGCCUUUAGUGCACUUUCCCUCUGGUGUGGAACUGGCCACCCCACUUCUGCCGUGGGCCUCAGCGCCUCUCCCUCUUCUCCCUGCAGGUGGCUGACGACGGUUAUGGCGUCUCCUACAUCAUUGCUGGAGAGAACCUGAUCACUUUCCACGUCUCCAGCAAGUUCUCCAGCCCUGAGACGGUGAGCGUGCCUGGGGAGGGAGGGUUGGGGUCUCCUGGGGGCUAUGGGGAUGAAGCCCAUUUGGGAAAGUGCCUUGAGCAUCCCUUUGUUGGCCAGGACGGGCCCUUCUCUCCCUUUGUCAUAAGAAGAGUCUGCUGGAUUCGGCCAAUGGCCCAUUGAGUCCCGCAUCCUGUUCUCAUAGUGGCCACCCAAGAUGCCCAUGGGAAACCUUGUAAGCAGGAUUCGAACACAAGAGGACUCUCCCCUCUUCUGGUUUCCAGCAGCUGGUUAUUUCAGUUCCUGAUUCAACUGCGGAGACAGAGCAUAGCCUUACGAUCCUCCAUGACUUUGUCUAAUCCUCUUUUAAAGCCAUCCAACCUGGGGGGGGGGGCAUCACUGUUUCCUGCAGCAGUGAGUUCCAUAGUUAAUGUGCGGCGUGAAGAAGUUCUUUUAUCCAUCCUGAAUCUUCCAACGUUCAGCUUCGCUGGACUUCCACAAGGGAGAAAAACGUCCAUCUGCCCUCUUUCUCCUUGCCAAAUAUAAUCACAUAAUCCUCUAUCUGUCAGCAUCACCCUUGAGCCAGUGCCACCAACUGGACUCAUCUACUUCAGCCCCGACUGGGCUAGGCGAGCUGGAUAGCACUUCCAGAGACCACCUUCUGCACAGGAACAGGUCAAAGUGCUGUGGACUCACAGCUCAGAGUUGUGAGCACCGGAUUCACUCCCACAAGAAGACAGUCGUCGCACAGCAGAGUAUAGCAGAGUAUAGCAGAGCAUAAACGACUCAGAGAGCAGCUCUGUAGAAUAUCUUCUUUAUUCUAUCUACAACUAUAAUACACAACUAUGUAUAGAGCUAAAUGGGGUCUAAAUGAAAAUGCUGAACUGCACUGAGUGUCUGCAGCUGUUCUUAGCAGCAACCUUAUCUAUACACACGAUCUCUCUCUAACACUCAGUCUCUCUCUCUCUCUCUUUGAUGUGAGGCUGGAGUGGAAUAAGUAGAGAGCAAAAACCGCCCCUCCUCUCUGGAGAAUCAGCAGAGAAUAUCAGCAGAUUCUUGGAUAUGGGAGGGGUGAAAUCUCCUCACUAUCAUGUCGCCUCUCUCUUGCUAAAGUCCCAAAUGCUGCAACCUUUCCACCCGGGGGAGUAUCUCCACCCCCUUGGUCAUUUUGACUGCCCUUUCCCAACUCUCUCUUCUUCCCCAGGACUCCAAGCGCUUUGGGAAGAACAUCCACCGGGCGAUGCUGGACAUUGCAGCCCUGUUUGAAACGCCACCCAAGAAAGUGGCCGACUGAGCUUGGACUGGGCUUCCGAUGGCGGUGACCCCUCUGUCCUGGGCCCACUCUGACCGGAGCCACAAGGAACACACACACAGACACACACACACCCGGCCAACUGGCUGCAGAGCUGGCUCCUUCCUGGCAAGCGGAAAGCAAGAGGAUGCUUCUGGGCCCCACUGCCAGCUGCUUGCCCCCCCAGCCCUCUCUGCCCGGAGGAGGCGCCCCAUGGAGGGACCCCAGAGGCUGGCGGGAGACGGGCAAGAGGGUGGGGCAGGGUGUAUUUAUGAUGUCACUCAUAAAGGAGGAACACUUUUGGCUGCGGGUGCCUGGCGCUGAGCCUGUUUUCUAAGCUG